GAACAGACCUUUAAGGUCACUUUUUGAUCAGCCCGGCAGCUCCAGACUUGUUUUUUUGUCUGGAAGAGAGGUUUAUUAGAAGGGUAGUUCCGGUACUAAUAAAGCUCACUCUCAUGACAGCUUCUUUUAAAAACCAGUUUUGUCCAGCUACCCUAGCUAGGAUCUCGUCCCGAAUGCGAACUUUGGCAAUUUGGCUUUGUGCAGAGAAAACAUCUUGACCUCACACCGCACAUACAUUCAUAUCUGAUCACCGCAGCUUGCAAGAUGAAAUUCGGACUUGCGGCAAUCUUGUGCUUCGGGCUAGCCAGCAGUGGCGGAGGAUCCAUAUUGCGUGGAUCCGGUGAUGAGGCUGGUGCCCAACAAGGAACCGAGGCUGGAGAGCAUUUGGUUACCAGCGGCGAUGAUGGCAAUCCCGCAGCAGGGAUUAAGUCUCGUUCUCUCCAGGGUUGCCCUGCUACUCGUUGUGGAUCAUCUUGGCCUGAUGCAAAUUCAAAAUGUGGCACAGAGUGUGCUGCCUGGCCCAAUACAGAUUGGGAUGCAUGCCCAAGUGGAGAACAUUGCUUUGGUGACUUGGACGCCACUUUGAGCUGCUGCACCAGUGCCCCUCAACCACGGCGUCCCUCUUCAACACCAUCAAUUUGGGUUUGGCAUUGGUAUUGGCGGUAGAUUGCGAUUUUCCUCAAGCUCCUCAGGUGACCACAAGUACCUCCGAGGCGUCUUUUUGGGGGAUGUGGCGCAGGACAAAAGCGAUGGUUGGGCGCUCGUAAACGCAUUUGCGCCCCACUUUGCUUGACUUUGGUCAGCUCGAUUUGAUGCACUGGUUUGUUGUGGUGGAAAUAAGAAUUGCAUGGAUGUAUAUCUUUGAAGCGACGAAGGGCCAACUGACUAGCUGGUAUGGUAUGGUCUGUUGAAAGUAAAGACAGGCAAUGGCCGGGCCAAACAAAAGAAAAAGAGAAAACGCGCCCGAGGGGCGUAAAAUGAAAGAAAAAAUAAAGAUACAUUUUCACAUGCGGGCACAGUAGGGCCAAGGUUUUAGGGCCGUAUCUUCGAAGGAUCUUUGGAACCUGCCAAGAUCUGAGCACCACACGAUGAUGCAGCGGUAGAAUGAUGGUUGGUGGUUGGCUAUUGCCUGUAUUUGUUGGCCCCGCAUACACACCGUACCUUCCCAACUAACCCAUUCAGCUAUGAAGAAGAAGAAGAAAGCCAAGAAUGGUCGGCUGUCCAGCAGAGUUGGUCCGCGAGAUUCGAUUCAGCUUCCCGCAUCCUUUGCUUCCUUGCAGCUACUUGCUCAAGAGCACAACCUCUAUGUGUUGCAGAAGUUUCUGAACGACACAGCUGCGUUGGUUCAAUCGUCCAAAAAGGAAGGAAAGUUGGAAUCCUUGUCACGGAUGCUUGAAUCUGCAUGCAAUGAUGAGAGGUACAAGCCGCGCGCAAAUUCAACCGCCGCCACCCAGCACUCUUUGAAUAGCUUUUGCAGCGAUUUGAGCCAAGCCUUUGCUCUCUACGAUAGAUGUAAUUCCUCCUAUACGGAUUCCAUCCUCCACGACAAAGACAAGUUGCAACACGCAACUAGUUUAUUGGCAAGUAGAGGUAUUUUUGACAUGGGAUUGCAAGUUUUUAGAGUGCAACACAACUUCUUGGAACGGGUGGCACAAGAAAACAAUCACAAGACAGAAGCAGACAUACGAAAGCUCGAAAAACAAAAACCUCUCGACAAUGAGCAUAGAAAAAUGGAAGUAGGCUUUGAAAAAGCAAAGAAACUGGCUGCAUCUCUAGUAGAUGCAGAACAAGCAAACGAAUUGGGCAAACAGGCUUGGAGAGACAAAUUUAUGUGGCGCGCAGAGCUCUUCUGGGAACGAGCAACACAACUAUCCCCCAACUCUUCUCAGGCAAAGUACUGGAGCAAUCUUGCUUUCGUUAGGAUCCAUAUUGGAAGGUACCUGAGAAGUCUUGUAAUUGGAUACCGAGUAUUGGCGCAGAAUAUGAUUGAAGCUGCUUUGCUUGCGGCGGAGCAAAGUGUUCAAAUCGAUCCAAUGUGGGAACGUGGAUACCAACGUGCAGCAGAAGCACAUUUGGCUUUAGGGCCCUAUGAUCAUGCCUUGGAUGCAUACAGGAUCCUUCAGAAGGCAAUGAAUACAAUAGAUCACCCGGGCGCUGCGCUGAAGAACUUGCACAAGACUACCAAAGAACGAGCCCGUCUGUGGUUUUCACUGCUGAAAGUUGCUCCCAACCAAUCAACGAUACCAAGGCUACUGGAGUCUGCACUGACCGAUCUUAGGAUUGCUGUUGCGCAGAGCCUUGGUAACCAUGGCAACGGUAAUAUGCAGAGGGCUGGAGACAGGGUUGUGGAGCAAGUGGCAUUGGUGCAUGCCGUGCUUCAACUGAUCUAUUUGCGUCGCAGCCAGUGGGCGCGAGAGAGCGUUGGAUCAAACAUCGACGUCAUCCAAGUUCAGUUUGAGCUGGUACAAAUGGCCAAGAUUGUACCCUUGGACGUUGUAGUGGCAAGUGAGAGACUCAAGCAAUUAGUGUUUGUCGAGGAUCCAUUCAGUUUCUGGGGUCUAGACCAAUUGGAUAGGCUCGGUGUUGAUUCGAUCAAACCGCACGAAAAUGAUCCCCUCGUAGAGAACGACCAUGAAUCGGAGAGAUUCACGGAAUCUAUGAAACGCCACAAUGACAGCAAUACCCUAAGUCUGUCCAAUGUCCAAAGCUGCAAUGACAUGGUGAAUGGAAAGGUUGCAUUAUCUGAAGAACGAGACUUUGCGACGCAUCAUCGCUGUGCGUUCAGUCUGACAGUGCUGCAUAGAGUUUUGCUGACAAGACAGUGUUUUCUCUUUGAUGCUGCCAUUGACAAGGUCAUGGAGUUUGCCUUGCGCCACAGCGACAAUAUUCUUUUUGCUGGUGGAGAAUUCUUAGGCUAUGCCAUCCACGCGGCAUUGGGAAUUGGCAAAUUUGACAUUCCAGAUGAUGAGAAUCGCACGGAGUAUAUUUUGGGAAUUUCAGGCGGCGUUGCUCUGGCAGCCAGGGAAAUCAAUCAAUCCCAGGAUGUAAGCUUCUCUAUCCAACGUGCUCUCUCGCGGCUAAAACCCUCUGAUUGGACACGGCAGAGUGUCGUAGACAUCCAGGACCUCUUGCGCUUCUAUCUGUUGCCAGCACUAGAGGGUAUCAAGUUCGAGAUGGAUGACAAUCAAGAAGACUACAUUUCAUUCGCUGUUGGAAUCAUGGCUUCGCUCUUAGAUGGUCACCCUGACGUGCUUCACUAUUUUGGAACGGGGAAAGCAGGAGAGAUCGAAGUAGAGAACGAAGCUUUUUGCAGCGUUUUGCGAUUGUUUCCGUAUGGCGUCUUUCUGGUUCGACAAUACAUGCACACAGGGCCAACUCUCCUUGACAAGGGUGUCAAGGCGACAACGAAGAACAUCGUUAAGAGGAUCACUGAUAAGUGGCACAAACUACCACAUGAACGAAGAUCAGCCUAUCGUUGGGAGACUCUGAGUGAUGCAACCAAAACAAAUCUGGCUUCCAUGGCUCCCAUCCCGAAAGUAGACAUCAUGAUGGCACAGAGAGAAGGUCAAAAUCUCAGAGAAGAGAAUGAGAUGACGGUGACAAAACUUACAGAGUGCCGCGUCUGUGGCAAGGGCUUUGGCUUGGGAGUGGAGUUGUUCCCUUGCCAGUGUCAGGCUGUUCGCUACUGCGGCACGACAUGCCAGCGCCAAGACUGGCCCAAACACAGAAAGAUAUGCAAGAAGUUUUGUAAGGAUCAACCAGCAAAGAACUGCCGGGGCAAAUGAACGCCACGAUCCAGAUCAAAACCUGCGAGAUGUGUUGAAUCGUUGAAACCUUAGCCAUCACACUUGCAGGGAUUUUACAGGCCUGGCUCUUGAUCUCUAUCCGGCCUGCUUCUUUCUCCUAUCUAUGGCCUUGAGUUACUCUGGAUCAGGCGACGAGCUUCCUGCUUCUUCCCCCUAUCUAUGUCCUUGGCUUGCUCUGGAUCAGGCGACGAAUUUUUGACGCGGCUCUCGGAAUCAAACAUGGAACAACAAUCCACCAGGUCGACAAGAUGGAGACGGACGGUGAAGGUCCAGGAGGAACUAUGACCCCUGACCUUUCGCAUGUGCGUCUAAUUGAUCAUAUGUGUGUGCGAACUUGGAUGUAGGACAAUGGCCUCUCAAUAUCCACGAUACUCAGCUCCUUUUCAACUUCCGUUCUGCAAACGAACUAGCUAGCUCCUCUAGCUGUACUGAAAGCCUGGAAAGGAUCCCUGCAAGCCAGGGCGGAGUUUUUGUGGAAGAUGUACAGUCACACAGAGACACGAGAAUCCCAAGUUGAUGGCAACGGUGGCAGCCUUCGACAAGGAUAGUUGAUUCGUACCUUCUGAUGGGCAAGGACAAAACGGGGAAAUUGGCACUUGUGAGUCACUUAUCGGUGGACACUCAGGACGACAAGGGAGACGUUCAUCAUUUGCUCCUUUGAGAAGUCUUGUGCUGUUUCUUUGGCGACCUGGCCAACCUCGUUCCCCUCAAAUAGCAUCACAGUGGGCAGCGGACAAGGAAGACGUGCUACUUCUAGAGACGAGACGUAGGACAAGACCAAACUGGCUGGGACACAAUCCUCCGCCACCACGACGGUUUUCGUAGCGUCCAAAACUGUCCCCGUCAUCCCGCCACCGAUUCCUCAGCCACCAUCACGCCCACGCCAGUUUCCACCACCUCCGAUCCGCCUCUGUCAGUAACCGAGAGACAAAGUGUCCUGGAUCUGGAUCGCAAUGCUCAUAAGGUGCUCUUCCCGGGCAUCAGUUUUUAAUGGCAUAGCCCAGGAAGAGGACAUUGAAGUGACCGUUUGCUUUGGCGUACCAGGUACUCCCGUGUAGCGUGUAGUUCCAUUCCAUGGAUCUGCAAGGUUUGGUUCUUCAGCCUCCAGCCCAAUGCAAGAUACGAAGAUUGAGCUGCACGAGCUUGACACUUUCCAAAUAUCAUGGUCCAUGCAAAUCCCCUUGGGCGUCUUUGCUUCCGUGGAUAGCAUGCUUGCCUUCCAAGCCAAAAUUCUUUUGCAGCAAUGCCUUCGAUAUUCCUGUGCUACAUUUUGUCAAGACACAACUCUCAAUUGCCGUUGAUCAAGCCAAUCACCUAUUUUGUCUCCGCGGAUUCUGCAGCCCUUCAGCCCUCGAGUUGGUCCCAGUUUGUUGUCCCUGAUCCCACAUAACCUAGUGCUAGUCCUGAGUUGUGCCUUUCGUUCUCCGAAGAGACUGGGCUGGCUACUGGUCUAGCUAGCUAGCUUGCUACUAGUACAGCUGUAGUACUGUA